CACUACUUGCACUCCAAAACCCAAACUUAUUUCUCUUAUACAGUGCAUCCAAAAAUGCCAGCGACUUAACAUUCAUGUCUUCCUUCCCAACUAAGCAAAUAGCUAAAUCACACCCUUAAUCUAAGCUUCAAUUGACUUCUUCUUUCCAAACUCCCUAGCAUCAUCGUUAAACACCACCACAACCAUGGCCGCACCGUCGUCAACGGCGGCGAAAACAGCCAACAUCAUGCUUACAAUCCCUGAGAAGAAAACUGUCUCGCUCGAUCUCUACCGUCCACUCCGAAACUACAUAGUCUACAAUUACUCCGAACGUGAAGCUCAAAAUCUCGAAGAUGAUCUUCAAACGCUUAAGCAAUUCCGUUCCGAUAUCGAACGUGGCCCUAAUGAGUCAUCUCUUCCUGCUCGUCGUGACCUUUUGCAGAAUUACUAUAAAUCCCUUUGUGCUGUUGAGUCUCGUUUCCCAAUUUCACCUGAUCAAGACCAUAUUAAUUCUGUUACUUUUACUUGGUAUGAUGCUUUUAAGAACAAAAACAAAGCUGCUCAGCAGAACAUCCAUUUAGAAAAAGCUGCAGUUUUGUUCAAUCUGGGGGCAGUGCACAGUCAGAUGGGAUUGGGUUUUGAUCGUUCAUCAGUUGAGGGGAGAAGACAGGGAUCACAUUCCUUUAUUGCUGCUGCUGGGGCAUUUGCCUUCUUGAGAGACAAUGUGGCAAUGAAGGCAUCAAUGGGUAGCUCCACCACUGUUGAUGUCUCUGUCGAAUGUGCUGGGAUGCUGGAAAGACUCAUGUUGGCUCAGGCUCAGGAGUGUGUUUUUGAGAAUAGCAUUGCCAAGGGAAAUACUCCUGGUGUCUGUGCAAAGAUUUCAAGACAGGUUGGAUUAUUUUAUGAGGAAGCUUUGGCAGCAUUAAAUGUUGCACCUCUGAACCAGCACUUUGACAAGGCUUGGCUAGCUCAUGUUCAGCUUAAGGCAGCACUGUUUUAUGCUGAGGCCUGCUACAGGUACAGUCUAGAGCUCCAUGACAAAGAAGAAAUUGCAGAGGAAAUUGCAAGGUUGAAGAGUGGUGUUAAUGUCUUGUCUGAGGCAAGAAAAACAUCUCCAAGGGGAGCACCACAGCAGCUCUUGGAUGCAAUUACUAAGCUAGAAGCUAGUUCAAAUCUAAACUUGGAGAAGGCUAUAAAGGAAAACGACAGAGUCUACCUCAUGAGGGUUCCGCCAGCCAGUUCUCUGCCACCACUUGCAGCAUUUUCCUUGGUCAAGCCUAUGCAAAUGAAUGAUAUUCUGGACGCAAGUAAGGAGAAGAUGUUUGCCAGUCUUGUCCCAGACAACAGUGCAAAAGCUCUUUCUAGGUACACUGAGAUGGUUGAUGAUGUCAUCAGGACUCAAGCUGAGAAGUUACAACAGGGCAGUGAGCUAGCUCGAGUGAGGCUCAGAGAAAUGGACUUGCCUGAUUCGAUUCUUGCCUUGGAGGGAAAUUUAUCCUUACCUGUGGCUUUAAAAGAAGAUGUAGAGGCAGUGCAAAUUUGUGGUGGUCCAGCUGGUUUGGAUGCUGAGAUUCAGCAACUCAGAGAUCUGAAGAGGGUGAACCAGGAGUUGCUGGUCCAGACAGAGGAGCUUUUGCAAAAAGAAGCAACGGAAGAUACACAGUUUAGAACUCAAUUCGGAACCCGAUGGACAAGGCCUCAAUCUACUACUUUAACAAAAAACCUGCAGGACAGGUUAAACAGGUUUGCAGCAAACCUGAAGCAAGCUGCAGAAAGUGAUGCCAGAAUUGACCGAUCAGUGAGGGAUCACGCAGCACUCAUGUCAAUCCUUGACUGCCGUCCAAUCGAAUCUGCUCUUCCAACCUUGGCAAGACCAAUCUUGUCUCUGGACGCCACUGAAGAUGCCAUUGUGGGAGCCCUGAAGCAGAGCCUGAGGCAACUAGAAAAUCUUGGUGCUCAGCGUGCUGGUCUGGAAGAUAUGCUGAAAGAAAUGAAGAGGAAGGAUGAUAUACUUCCGAAAUUGAUGACAUCCACGGGCUCCCAUGAGGAUCUUUUCAGGAAGGAGAUUGCAAAAUAUGAUCAUAUUUGUGAAGAAAUUUCUCAAAACAUCGAGGCGCAAGAACAGUUGCUGCUGCAAAUUCAGGCUCAAAAUUAUGAGUUUGCUUCUAUUUUCAAUCUUGAGGAUUAUAAAGCUUCCCGCGAGAGAAUCUAUAAGCAGAUUGAAGCUGCCAUUUUGAAAUAUCAAGAAAUCAAGGAAAAUAUCAAUGAGGGAUUGAAGUUCUAUGUAACCCUUCAGGAGGCGAUCACUAAUGUGAAGCAGCAGUGUAGUGAUUUUGUGAUGACAAGAAACAUGCAGUGCCGAGAAAUGAUGGAAGAGGUACAGAGGCAAAUCUCAGGUCUCAGUUUCCAGGAUAAUAAAAGUUCAAGUGGGUAUACUUAUCCUGCUGUUGGGCAGGCUCAUCAGCCUCCAAGAUCCAAUCCCCAGAUGCAGACCGAGACUGGAAAUAUACCCAAUUCUUCUCGACCACACCAGGCUCCUACGUACCAGCCUCCUCCUCAGCAACCAACAAUGUCUGGAUAUAGUCAAACCUCUAAUCCUUAUAGUUCUCCACAACCGCCUGCACCUCCUCCUCAGCGACCAACAAUGUCUGGAUAUAGUCAAACCUCUCCUCCUUACAGUUCUUCACAACCGCCUUACCAUUUCCCAGGUCAAGGUCAACCAUAUUCACAUCCACAACCGCAUCCUCAACAUCAACAACAGCCUCCACCUAGCCAUGAGUACGGCCAACCUGCAUAUCCUGGGUGGAGGGGUCCAUACUAUAAUGCACCUCCACAGCAGCCCGGAGCUAUGCCUCAGCCUCCUUACACUGCCCCUUCUCCUCCAUAUCCUCAUCCUCCUCCCCAUCAGAGCGGCUAUUACAGGCAAUGAUAGUUUUCCAAUAAUUUUUUCCGUGUGCAUCUCAUGUUCAUUUUUUGUCGUUCUCAAGUCGAUUAGAUUGGACGUGGCGAGACUUCUUUGUCUGUACCAUUUCUUGGCAUAUAUCUUUAUACAUUGUAAGUUUGAAUGAAGCACACAUGUACAGGGUAUCUCCUUGUAUAAUCGAUGACCAAAUUAAAGAUUUAGUUAUGAUAUAUCAAGAUAUUUUGAUGAUAAAUACAUUAAAUAAUGAUAAAUAUGUACAUUUAUAUUUGA